UUUUCUGGAUUAUCCUAGUUAAUUUACACUAUGUUUGAUAAUUGUACUUAUGUGUACCUGUGCCUAAAUAAACUUACUUUCUUAUUCAAUUCAAAUUCGAAUUCAAAUUUAUGUAUAUAAGGACCACGAUUAGAUUUUACCACCAAAGUGGCAAGUUGCACGAUAUUCCGCUGAUGAAAGUUUUUCUGGGUGUAUGACUGUGGUGUCCCUUAAUAACCCCAACAUGAAGAACAAGAAGCAGUAGUGAGGUUGUGGCGGCAGUAAGAGUUACCAACUCUAAAGUACUGACGUUUCCUCCAAGAUGUUGAACUCAUCAUAAACUCCAAGAUGACAGACAAUGUUCCUGAAACAAGCCAGAACACUGCUCUGCGAGAUAGAUUUGUAUAUGUUGUUGGACCAGUGUUUUCUGGUGGUGAUGAAACCAACAUUUUGACACUCUUGACUUCACUAACGAAUUUUUGUCGUCAUGAUGAGGGAUUGCUCGUUGCACCUACAUCUACUGGCAUCAACAGUAUUACUGAUAACAUUGCUGCUGACACUGUAAAUAAUGACAAAGCUUUAGAAUUCACAUGUUGGCUCUUGGCUGAACUAGUGACAGUAAAUGGGUCAUCGGCUGUGAGUGAAGCUAAUAUCAGUCUUCAGGUUACCAUCAUGCGCCUCUUAGCUACUCGCAGUCCUCGUUUAUUUUCUUCUGUCAUUGAAGAUUAUGUCAAAAUUGGAUUAGAAGGAAAAGAAGUUCUGUUUGAUGGAGGCUCAGCUUCAUGUCAGUGUUUCUCAUCAGUGGUUAAUAGGAGUAAUGCCCAGCCAACACCCAGAACUAUUGUUUUUGCUGAUGACUCUAAUCUGGACCACAUUCUCACUAAUAUCAUCAUGGUGAUAAAACUCUUGGGAGAGUAUUUGUGGAACUGUUGUGAACAUCUUAAUGAUCAGAUAUGGCUGCUUAUUACUUCUUGUUUAGAAGCUGGUGACACUAAUCUUAAGGCUGCCUCACUUUCUGCCAUCUCAUGUCUUUUGGACAUAUGGGGACUACCAAGCUUCAUUGAAAGGCAAGACUAUCUGAUACAGUGUAUUGGGGCAGCAGUCUUUGAAUAUGCUGAUGAAUCUUGCUUACCAAGUGCAGUUAAUAGUCAAGUCAGAGAGGAAAGCAGCCAAACUUCUCAAGAAAAAGGAAGAAGCAUGGAUGACCUUCUGGCUGAUGUCAUAAUUGCCUUACAGCAACAUAUCUCACAAGUGAUUCAGAUCUUCAAGGAGGAGCUGCUCUCAGUGCUUUCAAAAUGUCUCAUUAUUCCAAAUGUGAUGGAAAAGAUGACAGGAUUAUUGAGGAAGGCUAUUCUACAAUGUAUUUGUAUGUUGGCUGAUGCCCUUGGUUCAUCUACUCUUACAAGUGAAGCCACAACUAGCCUUCAUACUUGUACCACUAAUAGUCUUCUCAUACCUCAGGUUGCCAACAUUGUUCUGAGGAGACUGGUGCUUAACGAGUUAAUUGAUGCACUGCCCACCAGUUCUCUGCUCAACCUCAGUCAAGAACUAUCUCGAACUCAAUCACGGAAGCGAAAAUUAUCGGAGACGGAUUUGGCAAAGCCUCCUAUAAGCGUUGUGAACCUUAGCAAGUGGUGGAAACUAGCCUUGCAGAAGCUGAGUGCCUCUCUUGAAGAAUGGUCUGAAACCAGUAACCCAUUGCCUGAGCAACUGCAAGCUGCUUGUGAAAUUAUUUCAACUCCUGCAUGGGUAGCUUCCAGGACUCCACCAUCUGAGGUUUCUCUUCAGUUCUUUCCUGAUUCCUGGCUCAUAACAGCAACCGAGUGUAUAGUUUCCAUCAUGACAAGCACAGAUAAUGUCGAGCUGGUGACUGGAAUGAUGGAACUCUUGUGGAAUUUUGCUUGGACAUCAAAUAUUCUUGAGGAGCCUCUCAACCUGAAAACACACAUUAGUCACUCCUGGCUAGCACUAGCAACCUUACCAUGGCUAGCUUCAGAAGUGAGCCUCAUGGACCUCAAGCCUCAUAAUACCAAAGAGUUUAUUGUCGCUGCAUCAAAGUUGAAGUGGUGUAAUGAUAGCAGAAUAAAAUCGAAGAGUAUGGCUAUUGUGGCCAUCACAUCAGAAAGUGUGGCUCCAAGAUGGCGGUGCCAUGUUAUUCGUGCAGCUAUCAGUGAAAGAUACCCUCCAGUUAUGUUAGAGAUAGCAUGCUGGUUUCCAGUGAUGGUUCAUCACCUGGGCUCUGCAAGUGGUCAGCAGCUGGUGGGAGAAGUUAUUGGUUUGGUUCUACAUUCCCCUGAUGUGCAAGUAAUCCAUGCUGGUGCAAAGUCACUCAGUCAUCUGCUUUGUGCCCUUCUCAACUUAACAACUUUAAAGUAUAACAGGGAUGAAGAGGACAGCAAGAAGCUCUGUGUUUUAACUUGUAAGGUCUGUAAUGACCCAAACUCCAACACAAAGUUAAAUGCUCACUGUGUUGAUCCUACACUGGUAUCACAGUUCUUGGAAUUGUUAACUCAUACAGAGACCAAUAUUGUAAUGGCAGUGGUGGAUGCCCUCCCAGCAGUUGUCUCUCAUACAGCAAUUAACAGUCAAAUGCUUAACCAGUACCUGUCACUGCUCACUCAUCAAGAGAAAGCUGUAGUGAGUGCCAUCUGCAAACAGCUUCCAAUUCUUGUUAGCUCCCAGAGUCAGAGUACUUCAAAUCAGGACUCAAAAAGUGCAGGUGUUUCAAAGGAAGGAGAGGUUGUUCUUACUUGUCUGAAUGAUAUAAUGAAGAAGAGCAAAGCAGCUGGGAGCACUUCCAGUAAAUCUCCUCUGGUUGUUCUUGAAGCUCUGCAUCAUCUAGUGAAAUGCCCUGCAGUGGGACUCACAGGAGGAAUGUUGGUGCUGUUACUGCGGUGUUUAGUCCACUCAAACAGAAUGGUAACUGCCCAGUCCCACCUUAUAAUACAUUCUCUGGCCAAAGCUUUGGGACUGACUCUUAAGGAUCUUUAUACUAGACACAGAAAUUCUCUUGCUCAGUUACAGCAUAUUUUAGCAUACUUGGUAUUUCAUCAUUCAGAAGAAGAAGAAAUAUCGGCAUUAAACUUCAUUGCUGUUACAACAGAUAUUCACAUUAAUAACAUCAGACGAUGUUCUGUACAGAAUCAAGUCAAUGAACUAGUUCUUGGACUUCAUGACCACCGAGGUUCUGUCCUAAGAGAAUUUUCUCAAAUGAGGAUGCUCGAGUUGAAUGCUGAUCAGCAGCCCAGUGGUAACAAAGCAAGUGAAUCAGAUAAUGGCAGCAGCAGCUCUCUUGGAUUAGAUGCUAUUGCUGAGUUCCUGGCACCACGUCUUCUGGGAAUAUUAGGAUUCCUUGAUAGUAAACUUGUAUCUUCAUCUACUAUGUACAAAGAGAAGCGCUCUGCCUUAUGGUCAUUGGGUGACCUGUUAGUUGUGAUGGGAAGACAGUAUGUUUCUCCCGUUUCCCGCAAGGUUUUAUCCUCCUUAAAAACAGCCCUUAAGCUGAGGGAUGAGGAGUUUUAUGACAUUGGCUGCAGUGCCUGGACAAACUUCUUGUAUAACUUAGAUGAGAGUACAGUGGAGGGCUUACUAGAGGAAGUAAUUGUGGUCAUCAUGCCACUAGUCAAGGAGCGACCCAAGCAGAUGGCAUCAGUCUUGUCUCAUAUACUGAUUGAGAUACCUUCAGUAAAGCCACUUCUUAAGAACCUGCCACUUCUUCCUGAUGAUGAAGCUCUUUCCCAUAUCAAUCAAGUAAUCAAGGACCACCAAUUAAAAGUUAUAUGUGGCAGCAAAGAAGAAGUUAUCGAAGCACUCACAUCUAUACAUAGAGGACUAAGCCACGAAAGCCUUGAUGUACGACUAAGUGCCUUAACACGCCUUCGACUUACUUUACAACAUAAUCAAAAUGCUGUCCAUCAUCUUACAACAGAUACUGAUGAUGUACAUCCAGCUAUAUCAGAGUUAUUUAGUGUUCUUUUAGCUCAGUGCCGUGAAGUAGAGGAAGACUUGCGUGUGGCAGUAGCUGAGUGCUUGGGACUUUUGGGUGCAAUAGACCCUACCCGUCUGUAUACAUAUUCCAGUAUCAAAGAAGAACUAAAUGAGAUCCACCUAAACAUAGAAACAGAAUGUUUUAUUGUGCAGCUAGUUACAGAGUUAGGCCGAGCCUUCUUGGCUGCCACCGAUGCCAACACUCAGACCUGUGCAUCUUAUGCGAUGCAAGAGGUGACACGUCUGUAUGGUAUUAGAGAAAGUGGAUGUGAUGGAGCAACACCUGUUGGUUCAAGAGUAUGGGAACGAUUGGGCUACCACUUGCAAGAAAUCAUAUAUCCUCUAUUGACAUCAAAGUACACAGUGGCAACAACUAACAGUCGUUCAUCAUCUGUGCUCCCAUCUCCUAUAUAUGGAAGUUCACGGGCACGAUCAUUUCACCAGUGGCUCACCAACUGGGCAUGUUUUCUUGUAGAGCUGCUGAAGGGAGAGAAAGCAAGUCAGGUGUUCAGUGUAUGCAAGCCAAUUCUCCGUAGAUACACAACAACGGCCAUGUACCUUCUGCCAUCUAUUCUUGUCUGUGUGCUUAGGGAAUCGGCUCACCACCAUGACCAAAUAAUAACUGAGAUUCUUGCUGUUAUGAGUCAAAUGCAGGAAAAACAGAAGAAAGAAGACUCACUUGCUCCAUCCUCAGAGUUCAAGCAUUUAGCUGUUCAGACUGUAUUCUCAGCCCUAGACUACUUGAGCAAAUGGGUUCAGAAGCAAAGGCAGACUGAAAACAUUGGAAAAAAGGGUCGAGGAGCUUUUACACCAUCAGCAGAGCUCCAACAGGUGACCAGUUUCCUUGAGAAAAUUCCUGCUAACCUUUUAGCACAAACAUCAUUUAAGUGCCAAGCAUAUUCUCGUGCUCUUCUGCACAUCGAGGCUUAUUUAAAGGACAAUCCUGACCAACUUAAGGAGCAUCUUCGUUUCCUUCAGUGUAUUUAUGUAUCACUGGAUGAGCCUGAUGGAGUAGCAGGUGUGGCAGCAAUCAGGCGUGAGGACCCUUCCCUAGAUGAACAAGUUAUUGAAUAUGAAGCAACAGGUCGCUUGCAAGAUGCUUUAGGAUGUUAUGAACGUCUGUGUGUGUCUCGAGGCUCGGAAGAGGUCUACAAGAGAUUACUGGAAUGCUAUUUGAGCUUAGAUCAGCCUCACUCAGUGUUUAACAUAACACAUGGACUAUUAACAAACAGGCCAGAACUGGAAUCUUCAUUAAACAAGUAUCGUGUUGAGGCUGCAUGGAAACUUGGCCAGUGGGAGCAACUUGAGACCUUCCUUAAGACUACUCCUAGUCAGUCAUCUUGGGGAGAAGGUGUAGGACAGAUACUUCUUGCAGUUCGAGCACGAGACUGCACAGCCUACCAAAAUAGUCUACGUCGUUUGAGAAUUCAGCAGAUCACUUCACUUUCUGCAGCAAGUAUGGAGAAAUGGGCUUACCAGCGAGCUUACCCACACAUUUUAAGGUUCUUCUUUGUAGGAUUUGGUCGUGACGUAUUUGUUGAACGAGCAAAGUGGCACUGGGUGAAGGGAGAGCAGCACCAGGCUGUGACCACUCUUAAUCGUGGUAUUGAUAAAUUCUUCUCAUCUUGUGAAACUUACAAAUCAUCUGUUAGUAACUGCACUCAGGAAGAUCGGCAAGCGUGCGGACGUGCCAAACUGCUCCUAGCCAGGUAUUCUGAGGAAUCAGCCACACUGGAAGUCAACACAGUCAAGCAGUACUAUCGGGAUGCAUGUGAAAUUAAUAAACAAUGGGAGGACGGACAUUUUCACUUAGCUAUGUAUUAUGAUCGUAUAUUGAGCUCCUUAGAGAUGAAGGAGAAGCCAGUUGAAUGGAUUCACCAUAUUGUUCUCAGUUUUGGGAAAUCUCUGCAGUAUGGCUGCCGUCACAUUUACCAGUCGAUGCCAAGGAUAUUGAGCCUGUGGCUUGAAUUUGGUACAAGAGUCAGUGAACUAGAGGCCAAGGAAGAUAAGGUGAAAAGUGCCCGAAGAAACCCAGCUCUUGACAAUUACCGGGAAAAGCUUGCCAAUUUGAAUGGAAGCGUUGGGUCCCUGGUGGAUCGUCUUCCACAUUACAUGUUUGUUACAGCUCUUCCUCAGCUGAUUUCGCGUAUUUGCCACUCUAACAGUGAUGUAUUUGUACAGUUAUGCAAAAUAAUUGCUACCACAUUGAGCAGCUUUCCACAACAAUCUAUGUGGCACAUGAUUGCUGUAUCUAAGUCUUCAUAUCAAAUGCGUGUGAAGCGAUGCAUCGAGAUCUUUGAGGCAGCAAAGAGGAUGAAACCAGAACUUUCAAAAUUUAUCUCUGAUGCUACUAAGUUAGCUGACAAAUUUCUUGAGCUUUCCAAUAAGCCUGUAGAGAAGGGUGUUCACCAAGUGAGUCUCAACAGCUUACUUCGGGGACUUCCUCGGCUACUGUCUGACAGUUCUUUUUCCAAUAUUAUAUUGCCUCUGCAACAUCAGAUGUCUGUGACACUUCCUACAUCAUAUGAUAAUAUGUUCUCCCAUAAUCCAUAUCCAAGGGCAGCAGUGUAUUUGUGUAGCAUAGAAGAUCAUGUAGAAAUCAUGCAGUCUUUACAGCUUCCCAAAAAGAUAACUCUGCGUGGCUCUGAUGGCAAACUCUACAUCAUGAUGUGUAAACCUAAGGAUGAUCUACGCAAAGACUGCCGAUUGAUGGAAUUCAAUAAUUUUGCCAAUCGAUGUCUUUUGCUAGACCCUGAGUCAAGAAAACGGGAUCUCCAUAUCAGAACCUAUGCUGUUGUACCAUUAAAUGAAGAAUGUGGCUUAAUUGAGUGGAUACAGAACCUGCAUGGUUUGCGGCAGAUUCUUCAUACACUGUACAGAGAUUCUGGCAUUUUUAUGUCAGCCCAGGAAUUAAAACAAAGUAUGUGUAAGCUAGACACACUCCUGGCUACUAAGAGAGAUGUCUUCUUGAACAAGCUGGUCCCACGGCACCCUCCAGUCUUUGCCACUUGGUUCCUCCGAACCUUCCCAGACCCUCAAGCAUGGUUAAGAGCAAGACUUGGCUAUUGUCGCACCACAGCUGUCAUGUCCAUGGUGGGCUACAUCCUUGGUCUGGGAGAUAGACAUGGGGAAAAUAUUCUUUUUGAUGCCUCCUGUGGUGACACCGUUCACGUAGAUUUCAACUGUCUCUUCAAUAAGGGUGAAAGCUUUGACUGGCCUGAACGUGUACCAUUCCGCCUGACGCAUAAUAUGGUAAAUGCGAUGGGACCUACAGGUCAUGAGGGCAUCUAUAGAAAGACUUGUGAGGUGACUAUGCGAGUGAUGCGUGAGAAACGCGACGCCCUAAUGUCUGUCCUGCGGCCCUUCAUCCAUGACCCUCUGGUGGAGUGGUCUCGAGGUGAUAAGAGUGCAAAAAAUACAGGAGAGAUCAACAAUGAAAAGGCCCAGAUGCACGUCAGUAAUAUUGAACAUCGUCUCAGUGGCCAGAUUCGCACCAAGGCACGAGGUCCAAACUUACCAUUGUCUGUGGAAGGGCAAGUAAAUUCAUUAAUUGAGGAAGCUACCAAUAUUGACAAUCUCUGCCAAAUGUAUAUUGGGUGGGCAGCUUACAUGUAGUAUAACUAGCAUGUGGAGAGCUUUCAUUAAACAGAUUAUUUGUUCCCAUGGUUAUAUAUUUGUACAAAGAAGAAUUUUAUAUUACAUAUAUUUAGUAAUAUCUGUAACAAAUGUAUUUAGAUAUUAAAAUAUGAAAAAAAGGCAUAUUCCAAACUGUUGUUCUCUCAGGUAGUUUUAACAUUCAUGUCUUUAAACCUUUUGCAUAUCAUUCAAAUAAAUAUGGUAUAAUU